AACUGAAGAUGUGGUUAAAACUCUUUUGCUUUGGCUGCCUCUUGGUGUUGUCUGUCAAUGGGCAGAGCGCAGCCUCCUUAACUCCUGAAUACCACCCUCCUCUGCCCCUGCAGUCAUGCGACGCUUCGGGCUGCACUACGGAAAACACGGCAGUCGUCAUGGACGCAGGAGCCCGUCGAGUUUUGUCCGCAGCUGAUAACUCCGUGUACUGCUUUGGCGUCGACGGAUGGGAUGCCAGCUUAUGUCCAGACGGAGUAACGUGCGCUCAAAACUGUGCUGUCGACGGCAUUUCGCAAGAUGAGUAUGCAAACCGAUACGGAGUUACCACUUCAGGGAACACACUCAGAAUGAACUACUUAACCGUCAGUGAAUUCGGAAUGAAUAUCGGCGCGAGGGCGUACCUAUUGGGCGAGGAUAAUAAUUACAGGCUGUUUCACUUAAAGAACCGUGAAUUAACUCUUACGGUUGACCUCUCAACGUUGGCAUGUGGGAUGAACGGAGCUGUGUACUUCUCAGAAAUGGAUGGUGAUGGUGGGGCAUCCCGCUACCCUGAUAGCUCGGCCGGCGCAGGGUAUGGCAUGGGCUACUGCGAUGGCCAGUGUCCUCACUACCUUAGGUUCAGCAACGGACAAAUCAACAGCGGCGACUCCGAAUUCGGAAUAUGCUGCAUAGAAAUGGACAUCUUGGAAGCUAACCGAUGGUCUGCUACGUAUACGACUCACGGCUGCCUAACUGAAGGAUACCACGUCUGCCAGGGCACGGACUGUGGCGACGGUUCUGAUUACUACAACGGGUUGUGCGACAAAACUGGGUGCGAAUUUAGCCCUGCUAGACAGAACAAUAGAUUGUUCCUCGGCUUCAAUUCAAGCUUUACGUUGGACACUUCUCAACCUUUCACUAUCAUCACUCAGUUCUUGACUGACGACGGUACGGAUACAGGCAACUUGGUUGAGAUCAGACGAAGGUGGAUACAGAACGGGGUUGAAAUUCCCAAUCCAGUGGCUAACUGGGGUUAUGAUGAAGACUACGAUUCUAUCACCGAGCCUUACUGUGACGCAUACAAGGCGAAGUUCGGAGAGUACAACGACUUCGAAGAACAAGGUGCCUUGGCUUCAAUAGGCGCCUCUUUCGAGAGGGGUAUGGUGCUUGCGUUUUCGUUCUGGGAAGACUCAAGCACUUACAUGCAAUGGCUGGACAGCCUCUCACCUCCCGACGGAGACCCAAGCGUUCCCGGAGUGUACCGUGGACCUUGUCCCAUUGACGCUGGUAAACCCGAAGACAAUCACAUCAAUAAUCCUGAUGCAUUUGUUACAUUUUCAGACUUCAAAGUUGGCACCAUUGGUUCAACGUUCUAAAGCGUUAUAUGUUCGGUAUAUAUUCAAAUUUUAAAGCUUUGGUAAUUGACUUCUGAAAUAACCGUCAGCAAAUUUUGAAAAAUUUAGAAUAAAUGUAAGAAAAUUUAUCGAACAAUGUCUUUCAACUUUCGGCUAACACAUAGAAAACAAAAAAAAAUAUUUUAUGACAACUUGGAACUAAGAGAAUAUCAAUUUAUGCCAAGGCACGCUAAGGCGUCUAAUAUUCCGCAUUCAAUACACGUAUUUGUACUAGAAAGUAAAUUAUUUUAAAACCUGCCACGCAUAGGACUAUUUCACAGGCCAAGCAAAUUUUGAUUACCGAAAUAUCCAAAGACAAAUAGUAAUAAUUAUGGUGAUUUUAUUAGUAAUGGUGGUGACGACGUUGAGUAGGACAAACUAGCCUGUCGCCCAUUGUAGACAUUGUACAAUUUUUACCGCUUUCCUGAGCAUUUGAACACACGAUUCACGGCUUUGA